AUGGGCAUCGACGAGUGCCUCUGCCUCCGCUCCCUCGCCUCCGGGCCGUCCGCAGAGCAAGAGGAUCUCCAGGCAAGAGGACCCCAGACUGUAGGAUCCCAGGUCGAGAUCCAUGACCAAGAAGACCCCCAGAUCAAGAGGACCCCAGAUCAAGAGGACCCCAGAUCAAGAGGAUCUCCAGAUAAAGAGGAACCCAGAUCAAGAGGACCCCAGAUCAAGAGGACCCCAGAUCAAGAGGACCCCAGAUUAAGAGGACCCAGAUCAAGAGGACCCCAGAUCAAGAGGACCCCAGAUCAAGAGGACCCCAGAUUAAGAGGACCCCAGAUUAAGAGGACCCCAGAUCAAGACGAACCCAGAUUAAGAGGACCCCAGAUUAAGAGAACUCCAGUUGAAGACGACCCCCUGGCCAAGAGGACCCCAGAUCAGAGAAUCUCCCCCUCCCCCAUAAUCACACGGACCAAGAAGACUCCAACCCAAGAGUACCCCAGACCAGAUAAUCCCCCCUCCCCCCGUCCCCCCGUCCCCCCGUCCCCAGACCAAGAGGACCCGCCAGACCAAGAGGCUAUCACGAGGGACAGCGUAAAGCCAUUGGGAUCAAGACAGGGUGUUCUUGCGCGGUUAGAAUAA